AGCCAUUUACCGGGUGGGUAGUAAAUAGUAAUAAAACGUGAGUCCUCCCUCUCUUCCCAAAUCAUCCCUCUUCUCUGUCGUAAACGUCUGUCCCUCACUCUCUUCCCUUACCAGGUAAAGCCCUAAACCCUUUCAAGAGAAAAACCCUCUCAACAAUAAAAACAAAAUGCCAGACCCAAUUGAGUCCUACAAACCCUACACCCUAACCCAAACCCUACAAGGCCACAAAUCCUCCAUCUCCUCCGUCAAAUUCUCCUCCGACGGCCGUCUCCUCGGCUCUUCCUCCGCUGACAAAACCAUCAAAACCUAUUCUCUCUCCCCAUCUAAUCCUCCCACUUCCCCGAUCACUCCUCUCCAUGACUUCCAUGGCCACGAACAAGGCGUCUCCGACCUUGCUUUCUCCUCUGAUUCCCGCUUCAUUGUCUCUGCCUCCGACGACAAAACCCUCCGCCUCUGGGACGUCACAACUGGGUCCACCAUCAAAACCCUCCACGGGCACACCAAUUAUGUGUUUUGCGUCAGCUUUAACCCAAAUUCCAGUAUGAUUGUUUCGGGUUCUUUUGAUGAGACUGUUAGAAUUUGGGAUGUGAAGAGUGGAAAGUGUUUGAAGGUGUUGCCUGCCCAUUCUGAUCCAGUUACAUGUGUUGAUUUUAAUAGAGAUGGUUCGCUUAUUGUAUCCAGCAGUUAUGAUGGCUUGUGUAGGAUCUGGGAUUCUGGGACUGGUCAUUGUAUCAAGACUUUGAUUGAUGAUGAAAAUCCACCCGUUUCCUUCGUUAAGUUCUCGCCUAAUGGAAAUUUUAUUCUUGUUGGCACUUUGGAUAACAAUUUGAGGCUUUGGAAUUUUUCAACUGGGAAAUUUCUGAAGACAUACACUGGGCAUGCCAAUACGAAAUACUGUAUUUCGCCCGCCUUUUCCAUAACAAAUGGAAUGUACAUUGUUGGUGGUUCUGAGGAUAAUUGUAUGUACUUGUGGGAGCUUCAAAGCAGGAAAAUAGUACAGAAAUUGGAAGGUCACACUGAUACAGUUAUAUCAGUAGCAUGCCAUCCCACCCAGAACAUGAUCGCAUCUGGUGCAAUAGGCAGUGACAAGACUGUGAAGAUCUGGACUCAGGAAAAAUGAGGAUUUUUUUUCCUCCGCUAGCGGCUGAGGGAAAUGUUUUGCUCGAUGGCUGAAGCUUCUGCAUUUUCCCAGAUCCUUAUCCUAUUGACAUGCUUGUAGUUUUGAUUCAUUUAACUACUGUUCAUGUACUCCGAGUAUUUGGUGGAACUCAGUUGUCAAAACUUUUUAUUUAUGUAAUUAUUGUUAAUUCC